CUCGUACAUUCCAGCCUAUCCCCAUACCUCACGCCCACUAAUUUGCUCCAGUCGCAUGUCCACAUUGUCUUGAUAAGCACGACUGGGAACGUCAAUGUCCCUUGGCCCUAUACACUCCGUUCGCCAGCGAUGCUCCACGAAGAGUUAUCCACUGACAUGGACAUGAUCACUCAGCUGCAGGAUGCCAUCCUAGAUCUAUUAACGAUCACUUCAACGUCAAUCGAAUAUAUCACCAAACGCACCCAGUUCGAACAAACUUCCAUAUCUAUCCCCACGACCCUAUCAACCCCGAAUGCAGCUAACCGAGUGGAGUAUAAAGCUGCUAUUGAAACCUUUGUCGCCGACAUCAUAAGAAGAUCGAAAGAUAUCCAACAUCUCAUCGAUGGACUCCCUAGGCCCGGAGACAGCUCUGAACGGGCGCAAAGAUUAAUAGAAUUGCAAGAUGAGAUCAAGAUAGCGAAUGAAGAAUACAGACAGGUCCUUGAGCAAUCCAAAGAGCUUGUGAAAGAAUUGCAGCUUGCCCUCGAUCACACCCUAGGCGAAUCUCCCAACGAUAUCAGUAUCCAAUCGGCAAACUAUCCAGCCGGAACGCCAUACCAUAAUCAAAACAAUGAAGCCAACUGAGCCGGCAUUAGAAUAGAGGCAGCAGCAUGCGCAGAUGGUGCAUAGAUGCAAAACAAAUUGCUAAAUCAAAAGUGGCAACAUGGGGCCAAAAAUAUGACUAUUCAUACAAAUAAAUUUCGCCGCAGGGGAAUGCUGUCCUUGUUUAUUGGCCAACUCCUUUGUCGCAAUACAAUCUUCGCCCAACUAGGAGCCGUAGUUGAACAUCCUUCCAUCACAAUUCUUCGCUCCGCUACACAUUGCCCCACCCGAUCAGCAUCCUCCUUUUUUUUACGACAGGGGCGCCUUGGACAAGAAGGAAACAGCCAAAUGUGCACUUACCAUCGACAGAUAUCCUUCACUUCCACCGGGCCUUUGUCUGAAUUCAAAGCUAUCAUCUCUGGCGGAUGUGCCGAAGCAGAUGUUUUAGACAUCUGUUUCUUGCCCUUAUUUCCCUUCUUCUUUUUGACAGGCUCUGGGGAUGGAACGUCGUCAUCCUGUAUGUCGGCAUAGACAUCGUUAGCAUCCACAUCUCUCAAGGAAAACCAGAAGCUAAAAAAGGAUAUAUGAGACGUACGGGUAUACCCUUGUAACUGAUACAAAGUUCUUCGUGCUUUUUGAUGUCUCGACGAGUAAAGAUCACAAGCCUAUGAAACGGUAUUUAGUGAAGUUCUGUGACACUUCUGACUCUUAAAAAUGG